AUGUUCAAGAAAAUCAUGAAAGGAGGGCAUAAGAAGCCCUCCAAAUCGGACUCCCAUGAUCCUGCUCCGAACAACCGCAACUCGGCGCCUGUUGUCGUUAACCACGCCUCACGUGGCGGUGCUGGAGGAACCUCUGCUGCUAAUUCCGCCGCGAUGGCUAUGACUCCAGCUUCCGGUACAAUGGAACCCGCUCCUUUGUUCCGUGACGUGCCGGUUUCGGAUAAGCAGAAUCUCUUCCUCAAGAAGCUUCACAUAUGCUGCUUCUCGCUUGACUUUACGGAUACAAUGAAGAAUGUUCGGGAGAAAGAGAUCAAGCGGCAAGCUUUGAUGGAGCUAGUGGAGUUUAUUCAAUCAGGUUCUGGGAAGAUAUCUGAGAGUAGUCAGGAAGAGAUGAUUAGAAUGAUAUCUAUCAAUAUUUUCCGAUGCUUGCCUCCGGCGUCUCACGAGAACACCGGUCAAGAGCCUACUGAUCCGGAAGAGGAUGAGCCGAGCUUGGAGCCAGCUUGGCCUCACUUGCAGCUUGUUUAUGAGCUUCUCCUUAGAUAUGUGGUUUCUUCUGAUACUGACACCAAGGUUGCCAAACGUUACAUUGAUCAUUCCUUUGUGCUCAAGUUGCUUGAUUUGUUUGAUUCUGAAGACCCGCGUGAGCGCGAAUAUUUGAAAACCAUUCUCCACCGUAUAUAUGGGAAAUUCAUGGUUCAUAGGCCAUUUAUUAGGAAAGCAAUUAACAAUAUUUUUUAUCGGUUUAUAUAUGAGACUGAGAGACACUGUGGUAUUGGGGAGCUUUUGGAGAUUCUUGGUAGCAUCAUUAAUGGGUUUGCUUUGCCCAUGAAAGAGGAGCAUAAGUUGUUUCUUGUUAGGGCGCUAUUACCUCUGCAUAAACCUAAAUCGGUUGUUAUGUACCACCCGCAGUUGUCUUACUGCAUAACUCAGUUUGUGGAGAAAGAUUUCAAGCUGGCUGAUACGGUUAUUAGGGGCUUGUUGAAGUAUUGGCCUCUCACGAAUUGUCAGAAGGAAAUUCUUUUCCUUGGAGAACUUGAGGAAGUGUUGGAGGCUACACAGGCUGCUGAAUUCCAACGCUGCAUGGUUCAACUUUUCAAACAGAUUUCUCGCUGCCUCAACAGUUCCUUUCAGGUUGCAGAGCGAGCCCUCUUUUUAUGGAAUAACGAGCGUAUUGUGACCUUAAUUGCUCAAAACAGGACUGUAAUAUUACCAAUAAUAUUCGAAGCAUUUGAGAGAAAUAUUGAGGGUCACUGGAACCAGGCAGUUCACGGGCUGACCAUGAAUGUUCGCAAAAUGUUUAUCGAAAUGGAUGCAGAAUUAUUCGAAGAGUGCCAGAGGCAAUAUGCAGAGAAACAGGCAAAAGCCAAAGAUGAGGCAGAGCAGAGGGAAUUGACCUGGAAGAGGCUUGCAGAAGCUGCUGCACAGAACGGCGUGGCCGACAUGGUCACAGAUUAG